AUGAGGAAUAAAUGUCAGGAGCUUCCCCAGUUUGGAAACCAAAUUAGUUUGGUUCACUGCAGAAAAUUCACAGACAAAGGUUUACCAUACCUGCACUCUUGCAAAGGCUGUCACAAGAUCAUCUGUUUGGAAAUUCCAGGUUGCGUUCAGGUUUGUACUGAUGUCUCCAAAAAUACUGCCAAUGGCUGCAAUUGGAUUCAAGAUUUGCUAAUCAGCAAAAUGUUAACUCUUACAGACAGAUGUAUAAAAGCUCUGGUUGAAAACUGUCAACAGGUAAUGUCUGUUAUCUUUCUUGACUCUCCAAAACUUUCUGACACAACUUUUAAAGUCCUUGCAGAAUGUAAACCUUUGAAGGUCAGCAUUGAAGGGAAUAACCAAACUGCUGAUUUAAGUUUCAAGCUGAUGAGUAAAUGCUGCCCCUACAUGAGGCACAUUCAUGUGGCUGAUUGCCAGUGGAUUACAGAGGCUGGUGCUAAGAUGAUUUCACUAUUGAAGCAUAUUCUUGUACUGAAUAUGGCAGACUGCACAAGGUACCCACCAAAGCUGCUCUACCACUUCAGUGGACAGGACAAAGAAAAUACAGCAGAGUUUGUGGGUCAAGGUAAGGACAGGGAGAGAUCAGUCACCUGGUACUGCCACAGGCAAACCAGACUUGAUCCAGAUGAAGAAAUUAAUUUAUUGCCAAUCAAAUCAGAGUAA